AGCAGAAUAACCAAGUAAACAAUAUGGCGGCGUUUCGAUGAUCGAAACCUGCUUUAACUCUGUUUUUAUGGAACGUUGUCCUUAGAAAGAAGCUAUAUAAUACUCUUUUAUCAUGGGUAUAUCUUCCUCUACCGAUAAAGUYACAGAAAUCAGCCCAAGAGUCGAAGGAUUCAAGACAAAAAAAGGCCAAGACUUGACGCUGGAUUCCCCUGCUUUGCUGGAUUUAGAACAUGGAUCUAUCAGAUAUCGUCUACCGGACGAAAAACGAAUAGAGACUGAAUCUAAAGUCAAGACUGGCUACUUUUAUCAUCCGAAAUUAAGUGAUUAUAGUGAAGAUGCUGAGAUAGCUCCUGAAGAGAAAUUCAAACUGUACUAUGUAUUCAAGGGACCAAAGAAAGAUGGAAAGAACAAAAAGUUAUAUUAUGUGUAUGCAACCAGCAUUAAUGCAAAAGAUGGUGGCAUCAAACAAGCUGAUUACCGUCCACAAGGUCUUGGUUAUGACUGGCCUGAAUCCUACAGAAAGGCAAACAAUCUGUACUAUGAAUUGGGUUUCUUGGAAUCCUCCGAGGAGGAGUUCUCCGACUCAGAUGAAGAAAGCGAUCAGUUGUCUACCGUCACCACGGCAACCCCAAGAAUAGAUGCACCGGUUAUUAAAGAUAAUAUUAGGGACUUUGACAUAAUUGGUGAUUUAAGAACACCUGAAGAUGGGACCUGGGCUCGAUUUGCAAUCAAUCUUCAUUUGACAUGAUAAAACAUUCUUUGCAUGAUUUAAACAAGGGGGAGGGCACACGAGUUGUGCAUCUAUUCAUGUAAAAAAAAAGUAUUUUGUAUUUUUUCACAGGCAGCCCAUCAAUAAAAUUGAUUGAGAAAAACAAAAGCAAAAGUUCUCUUGCUUGAUAUUUAUGGCUCUUCUGCGGCAUUAUGUCAUUAUCCCAUGAUGCUCUGCUGAGAGUUGUGGGAUCAUGAUGUAAUAUAUUCCACAGGAAAUCCAAUUUGUUUAAGUAUGGGCUAGUGAUAAAAAGAAGCAAGUACUGAGGUUUUUUCAAAUACAGAAUUCUCAAUCAAUGGUUGGGCUGCCUGUGUACGUCAAGUAUACCAAAGCUCACACCUGUUUACGUAACUGUGAUGCAUAACUCKUCAUCUUACAGCAUACUUACAUUGCACUAUACAACAAUACUUCAUUCAUUUAUUUAAUUUAUUCUUGAGGUAGUAAAAUACUUGGAUUACAACAAGCUCAGUUUUUUUGAACUUUACAGAUUUUGUUUCGUAUUGUACCGUAAGCCGGAAAUCAUGUGAUUUCGGUGACAAGAACACAAAAUAUCAGUAAACUUGAUCAAAUUGACUUCUGAUAAUUUUCAAAAGAGCUGAUUUCGAAGUGAUGGAUUUAUGAAUGUUGCAUUUAAUGCUUCUUUCACAUAUAUUUUAUGUUGUAAAUAGUUUUUAUAAUAAAAAUUUAAUGUUUUUUAUUCUG